AGGUGCUGAAUGAGGUGAAUGUCUUUUCAAUUUGUCAUUUUUUAUUAAGUAUAUGGGGAAACUACAAAGCGGUAUGUAAUUCAAUCAGCUAUUUUGAGGGAAGGAGAUCUUACUCCAAACCUAGAGAAACAAUAUGUAGGAAACGUACACAGUGAAACACAAUCCAGGUACAUCUCAUCUCUUAUCUCUGAUCUAGCGUCACUUUUAGCUUAGGUGUGACUGGGAUUCUAGUAUUUUGAGUUAUAUAGUAAAAACUUUAAAACUUACAAAAAAAACCCCCAAAGUAUAUACACGUGUUACAUAGUAAGGAUUUUACUGCAGGUGUACUUGAUUCUAAAAGAUUCAUUUGGUGCACAAUGGGAUUCACAUUUUAGACAAGACUUACAAACCCUGCCUGACUGCAGAACAGACUCACGGAUUGUAGAGGGGAAUCACACUAUUCAUUUCAAUAGGGCUUUCACUGGGACCCAAAAACCAUGUUGUACUCUACAGAAUGCCAGUUUGAAGAGGGGCUGGAUUAGACAGGUUUGACUGUAAUCAGGGGUGCCAAACCCAGGGGGGCCCAGGGGGCCCGGCCCCCUUACUUUCUGACAAAAGAAACAUGUGCUCAGCGGGCGCUUGUAUAGCACACAGAGUUUAGUUGCUGUAUAUACUCUGCGUCCUACAUAAAAGCAAGGCACUAAUGAUAUCAUAUAAGAACCUAGGUUACUAUCCAACACUACUGCUGAGCGCAGCUUUCCUGCUUCAACGACUGAAAACAUACCUAAAACAUUCCGGCAGUCUUCGCUCUUCGCCAUCCUACUUCUGCUUUUUCUGAGCGAGAUGUUUGUGGUUAUCACUUUCUGUUCUUUGAAACCAAAAUUAUCUGUAGUGCUUUAAAUGAAGACUUCCUGGGAGAGUGCUUCAUAACUGACCGGUGCGGUCAGCAGCAUGGCUGACGAUGUCUAUGGAAACAGUGACUUCCAUCAACAAAUUGGAAAAAGAAAACACAGAGACAGGGAAAGAUACCAAGCUCCAGCAGGAGUGGAUGAUGAAGAUGAUGAAGCCGACUAUGAAAAUAUUGAAGAUUCUAUUGAACGGAAGGAGGAAAAAACAAACCGAACGGAAGCAUUCAAAGAGGAAGUGAAAGCACAGACAGCCACAACUCACAAUGUCUGCGGAACCAAAUCGAUUGUGUUUCUCUACGUUCUGCUGAUCGCUAGCUCUGUGAUGUGGGCGGCUCUGCUCUCCUUGCUGUUUGUGAAAUGCACUGCAGAAAUACAAACCCUGAAAACUCUCCUGACAGAAAAAGAUUCUCAAAUGAGGGCAAAUUUUGUGAAUUACGUUUCUAAUGGCACUGCAGAAAUACAAACCCUGAAAACUCUCCUGACAGAAAAAGAUUCUCAAAUCGUGGCAAAGUUUGAGAAUUACAUUUCUAAAGAUUCUCAGAUCAUUGAAAAUGUUACAAAACUGGAAAAAUAUGUUUAUAAAGUGUGUGCCAAUACCUGCAGUGGUAGCUGGAACUUGUUCAAUGGGGCCUUCUACUACUUUUCCAAGGAGAACAAGGUCUGGAAAGAAGCACGCACAUUCUGUCAAUCCCAAAACUCAGACCUUGCAGUGAUCAACAGCGAAGAAGAGCUGAAAUAUCUACAGGACAAAGGACCCGCAAAAGAACUGUGGCUUGGACUGAGUGAUUCAGAUAACGAAGGCACCUGGAAGUGGCUGGAUGGACGUGUGGUUGAGAAGAGAUUGUGGCAUAAAGGAGAACCAAACAACUAUGAAAACAAUGAAGACUGUGGGCUGCUGAGCAAUGGCCUGCUAAAUGACUUAACAUGUGAAGCAAAAGUGCACUGGAUUUGUGAAAAGCGACUUUGAAAUCCUCUCUGCUUUAUUUUUCACAAUACCUUUUUAAAUCAUCCAGGAUCAUGCACGUUGAAAUUUUUCUGUUAUUUUAUGCUUGUAUGAUUUUGUAUUCCUGUUUUCAUGUUUGCUGUUAGUGUUUCUGUCCUGUUUGAAUGAUUUAUUGAUUUUUGUAAAGUGUUAUUUCUCUUGCCAGGACCCCCUUGACACUGAGAUGUAUAUCUCAAGGGCUCUGUCCUGCUUAAAUAAAUACCAUUUUAAUAACUUCACUAUAAUGAACCCUAACGAACACACGUUUUUAACGAUCCCAACAGCAAGAACCAAUUUUUUUCAAUGCAAAUUAGCCCUAUUAGAAUGCUCAAGUACAGGAUCGACCCGGAUACAAUGAUCUCAGUACUGACUGACACCGAACUCUCUCCAGUGUCAAGUGUGUUACAGUGAAAACAAACACCAUGGUUGACUAAUUCAAAGGUAAAGCUAAUUCAAAGAUGACCUAUUGUAGUACGAAUCAUGCAUGACGAAUGCAAUCGUUGCCUGUCCGUCAUCUUCACACAAACUGCAAGCAGGCAACGGGCAUGAGGAGCAAUCUACGCUGGAUAGUUUUUUCAAGAGAAAGGGCAUGUAAUUACUGUAUUCAGCAUGUAAGUGUACAUUCUUUCCUUUUUCAUUUCUUUACUGUUUUCUCUUAAAUAUACCACAGGGGGGAUUAGUGUGGGUGUAAUUUAUAUGUGGAAACAGGUUUGCAUUGUGUGCUUUUUGGAGUUGUGAUGUUUCAUCAAAUGAUUGUUUACAGACGGGCGCUCGAUUGAGACUUGCUGCCUGCCUGUCUUCUGCGUGUGUCCUCUGUGCGUUACCAUCGUUGGUAGCGUCACAUGACCCGUUUGUUUCCUUUCUGUUUUCUGUUUAAUAAAUCCUGCUCGCCUGUGUCGGCGUUUCAACUCCAACUCCCAUGUCACUCUGUCUUGCAAUGCGGUUACCCACACAUGUGACACGAGUACCUUAUCACAAUACCGUUUAAAUGUUGAUCAAUGUGAAGGGAUCAAUAUAUAUAUGGU